AUGGCAGACGUUCGCUAUGAGCUGGAGACGCCCGAGGCGGUGCUCAAGCACUUCGACGUGACGGAGGAGCGCGGCCUGAGCGCCGCGCAGGUGGAGCAGCGCCGCGCCGCGCACGGCUACAACGAGCUAGACAAGGAGGAGGGCACGCCCCUGUGGAAGCUCGUGCUGGAGCAGUUCGACGACGCGCUGGUCAAGAUCCUGCUGGGCGCCGCCGUCGUGUCCUUCGCGCUCGCGCUGUUCGAGGACGGCGGCGAGGAGGGCAUCGGUGCCUUCGUGGAGCCGCUCGUGAUCCUCGUGAUCCUCGUGCUGAACGCCAUCGUGGGCGUGUGGCAGGAGUCGAACGCCGAGGCCGCGCUCGAGGCGCUCAAGGACCUGCAGCCCGAGAACGCGCGCGUCAUGCGCGACGGAGAGAUGCUCACGCUGCCCGCGCGCGAGCUCGUGCCCGGCGACGUGGUGGAGAUCCGCGUGGGCGACAAGGUGCCCGCGGACCUGCGCCUGCUGUCCAUGAAGACGACGGCCAUCCGCGUGGAGCAGGCGCAGAUGACGGGCGAGUCCACGUCCGUCAACAAGGACAUCGACGCGCUGCCGCAGGGCACGGAGAACAUCAUCCAGGCCAAGACCAACAUGCUGUUCGCCGCCACGGUCGUGGUCAACGGCCUGGGCCACGGCGUGGUCACGGAGAUCGGCAUGAAGACGGAGAUCGGCAAGAUCCAGCAGUCGGUGCAGGACGCGUCCAAGGAGGAGGAGGACACGCCGCUCACCAAGAAGCUGGACGAGUUCGGCGAGCUGCUGUCCAAGGUCAUCGCCAUCAUCUGCAUCGUCGUGUGGGUCAUCAACUACAAGAACUUCUUCGACCCCAUCUACGGCUCCGUGGUCAAGGGCUGCAUCUACUACUUCAAGAUCGCCGUGGCGCUGGCCGUGGCUGCUAUCCCCGAGGGUCUGCCGGCUGUGAUCACCACGUGCCUGGCUCUGGGAACGCGCAAGAUGGCCAAGAAAAACGCCAUUGUCCGUAAGCUGCCUUCCGUCGAGACGUUGGGCUGCACGACUGUGAUCUGCUCCGACAAGACGGGCACGCUUACUACCAACGAGAUGUCGUGUGUGACGUUCUCGCACCUCGGCAAGUCCGAGACGGACCUGGUGACGUACGACGUGGAGGGUCACACGUACGCGCCUAUUGGCAAGAUCGAGGGCGCCCCGCUGGGCCAGUUCAAGGCCGUGUCGUCGCUGGCCGCUGUUUGCUCGCUGUGUAACGAGUCUGCCAUUGAGUUCCACGAGGGCAAGUACGUGCGCGUCGGUGAGCCCACGGAGGCCGCCCUGAAGGUUCUUGUGGAGAAGAUUGGCUUCCCGCACGACAGCGCCAAGCAGGCGGAGCUCGACUCGCUGCGCGCUGCCAACCCGGAGAAGGCCGUGCAGUUCUGCAACGAGUACCUGGAGGAGCAGAACAAGAAGCUGGCGGUGCUCGAGUUCUCGCGCGACCGCAAGUCGAUGUCGGUGCUGUGCGCCAAGAGCGGCGGCUCCCAGCGUGCUACCCGCUCGUCGUCUGCGAACCAGAACCUCCUGCUUGUGAAGGGUGCCCCCGAGGGCCUCAUUGACCGCUGCACCCACAUCGAGCUGGGCGACGGCACUAUCAAGCCGCUGACGGAUGCUGGUCGCCAGGGGCUGCUGACGCAGGUGUCGAGCCUGGCCCGCAAGUCGCUGCGCUGCCUUGCUCUGGCGAAGAAGGAGGACCUUGGUGAGCUCGGCUCGUACGACGGUGACCGCCACCACCCCGCGCACAAGCAGCUGGAGCGUACCGAGAACUUUGCUGCGAUCGAGUCGGGCCUGACCUUUAUCGGUCUUGUCAGCAUGCUGGACCCGCCGCGCCCGGAGGUGCGCCCGAUGAUUGAGAUGUGCCACACCGCUGGAAUCCGUGUCAUCUGUAUCACUGGUGACAACAAGCUCACUGCUGAGAGCAUUUGCCACAAGAUCGGCAUUUUCAAGGAUGGUGAUGACCUGUCCACGCGCUCGUUCACUGGCGCCGACUUCUUCAACCUGCCGCUCGAGAAGCAGAACGAGUACCUGUCGGACGGCCACGGCAUGGUGUUCUCCCGCACGGAGCCGAAGCAUAAGCAGCAGCUCGUCAAGAUGCUGAAGCAGCUGGGCGAGGUCGCCGCUAUGACUGGCGAUGGUGUGAACGACGCGCCUGCCCUGAAGCAGGCUGACAUCGGUAUUGCCAUGGGCAUUACUGGUACCGAAGUCGCCAAGGAGGCUUCGGACAUGGUGCUUGCCGACGACAACUUCGCCACGAUUGUGGCUGCCGUCGAGGAGGGCCGUGCCAUCUACAACAACAUGCAGGCGUUCAUCCGCUACCUGAUUUCGUCGAACAUCGGCGAGGUGGCGGCCAUUUUCUUCACGGCUGCGCUUGGCCUUCCGGAGGGCCUGAUCCCCGUGCAGCUGCUGUGGGUGAACCUCGUGACCGACGGCCCUCCGGCCACGGCUCUGGGCUUCAACCCGCCUGACGCUGACAUCAUGAGGAAGCCUCCUCGCCGCAGCGACGACGCUCUCAUCACGGGCUGGGUGUUCUUCCGGUACAUGGUUGUCGGCAUCUACGUCGGUUUCGCUUGCGUUGGUGUCUUCGCGUACUGGUACAUGUACUACGAAGCCUCGGGCGAUGGACACACGCUGAUCACGUACAGCCAGCUGACCAACUGGACCAAGUGCCACGAGUGGGAGAACUUCACCGUGAACAACUUCGACGGCAUGGACUUCUCGUCGGACCCUUGCCGCUACUUCACUGACGGCAAGAAGACGGCGUCGACGCUCUCGCUGUCGGUUCUGGUGGCCAUCGAGAUGUUCAACGCCCUGAACGCGCUGUCGGAGGACGGCAGUCUGGUCACCAUGCCGCCCUGGUCGAACCCGUACCUCAUGAUCGCCAUGGUGAUCUCGUUCGCCAUGCACUUCGUGAUCCUGUACGUGGACGUGCUGGCCGACACGUUCAGCGUGAUCCCGCUGGACUUCAACGAGUGGCUGGUGGUGCUGGCGUUCUCGCUGCCGGUGAUUGUCAUCGACGAGGUCCUCAAGUUCAUCGGCCGCCGCAUGCACGCGCGCGAGCUCAAGGAGCGCAUGGACGAGUGGGAGAAGAAGACCCAGUAG